AUGGAGAUUCCGGGGUAUUAUUAUGAUACCGUCAAGAAGAAAUACUUUAAAGUAGCAAAAAGCUCAACCGCCUCAUCAACAUCCUACUCCUCUGACGCCAUCAAACGGCGCAAAGUCCAGGAGGCCUCUCAACAAGAAGCCCACCGCAAAGCACAACUCGUCAAAAGACAUAUAAAAAGACACAUUCUACAAAAGGACAUUGUGUCUGGGGGCCUGUUGAACCGGGAAAUCACUCGUGACUAUCUGCCGGAGGAUGGACGCGGGAGGAGAUAUGACGGGGAUAUUGGCGCCGCAGCCUGGGCGGGCGGGUUGCAGGCCAAGGGGGGUAUCCCGUUUAUGCCGAGCUUCGGAAGGGGGAGGGAGGUGAAUAUGAGUUGUUUUUGGGUUGGUGGUGGCGUUGCGUAUGCAACGUUGGAUGAGGAGAGUCUUUUGGGGACGUAUAUCUCCACGGACGAGAAUGACGUAUUGUCGUUUGGUACGGAUCCAGUGACGGGUGAGCGGCCGAGGGUGCCGCAGUUUCGGACGGAGAUGAUACGGUGUCCGCAGAUGUCGUCGAUAAAGUAUCAUGAGCCGACGCACAAGAUGCUUCUGACAUCACGGGAGCCGGACCGUAGUUGUGGAUUGUAUUUGUUCUCACCGGUUAUUUCGGAGGAUGACCGCAAUGGAGGGAGGUGGAUGCUGGGAGAAACCGACCACUACCAACGGCUCACCGUCCACCGCCGCCUCAACGACGAAUGGCUCGUCCACCAAAGCACGCCCGCCCCUCCAUCAUCCGACCUCCUCUGCGUAAUGGGCACUAACAGCGGCAUCGUACGCGUCCGCUGCAACGACUCCAUGUCGUGGAUCGCGCCGCCCAAACCCCCCAAAGGCACGCAACUACCCCUCGAAAUCUUCGACCAAGAUUUCCAGCAAGCGAAUCACAAUGUCAUCCUCGCGGGGGGUCGACAGCCUCGUCUAUGGACGACGGACCUGCGCACCCCCGCAACGGAAUGGUCCUACGUCCAGCAACCGAGUUCGAUAGCACACCUCCGCAGCGUGAAUGAGCACCAGGUUCUCACCGCGGGGCUAAGGGACAAAAUGGGCCUCUAUGACAUGCGGUUCAUGAAGAAAGCGGCGGGUGGGACUGGCGCGCUGCUCUCUUUCCCGGGGUAUAAGAAUGCGGCGCAUUUUCAUGCAGGUUGGGAUGUGAGCACUGAGCUGGGUGUCGUGGCGGCGGCACAGGACGACGGGACAGUCAAGUUGUUUUCGUUGCAGACUGGUAGGAUACUAAGGAGUAGGGUGUUGGAUGGAGUGCGGACAGAUACGCCUGUCAAGGCAUUGAUGUUUAACUCCAUGGGGGAUAGAGACAAAGUGCCGAGUCUAUGGGUAGGCAAGGGACAGGCACUUACAAAGUUUUCAUUUGCAUCACGGACAUUGGAGGACGAAGCGUGA